AUGUCUUACGAAAGUGCCUACAACAUGCAAUCCCAACCGGCGAUGUCGAGGACCGACCAGUACAGGAAGGUCAUGAAGCCGAUGUUGGAACGUAAACGCCGCGCCAGAAUCAACAGAUGCCUCGACGAGCUCAAAGAUCUGAUGGUCGCCGCGUUGGCCACUGAAGGCGAAAACUUGCAGAAAUUAGAAAAAGCCGACAUCUUGGAGUUAACGGUACAACAUCUUCAGAAGCUAAAACAUCAACAGAAACUGGCCGCCAAUCCGACCGUGGAAGCUGACAGGUUCCGGGCCGGCUUCACCGAAUGCGCCAAGGAAGUGUCUCGUUGUUUGGCUUCAACUCCAGGCGUCGACGUUCACUUGGGUACCAAACUGAUGACCCAUUUGGGACACAGUCUUAAGCAAAUGGAUUCUGUGUCUCCGCUUGUGAUUCGUGUGCCAACACCACCUUGUUCGCCAGUGGAGUCCGUACAUUAUCCGAUGCCUCUGACGCCCGGCUCUUCUAGAGCUUCUUCGACCAGUUCACCAGCUCCCGUGGAGGAAUCCGAAACCGUUUGGCGCCCAUGGUAGAUUGAUACAUCAUUUAUCAUUCAAUGUCUUCCACUUGCUCAAUUGUGCUUUAAUUAGAUAGAUCAGAGUUUUAUUGUAAUAAGCUUUAAUUAUUGUUAGGAAUGAUCUUAUGAUCACUGUGAUCUUUAGGUUUAAGUUUUAUCUGUGAUGUGAACAAAAUGAAACAUAAAAUAAAA